UAAAUCCUAAAACAGAUCAGAGUCUGAGGAUAUAAAAACCAGCUCAAACAGAGUCUGUCACAUGCACACUGAACGCCUGUUUGACUGUUUGUAGGAGCAGUCAGUCCGCUCUAGAAGAAAAUUACACAUCUAUUUAUUAAUCAGUUCCUCUGAUCUGCAGCCAUGGUUCUGGAGGAGACUGACAACGACUCUGUCUUAGAGCCUCAGGUCACUGACGAGUAUGUGGAGACUCAGUUUGGGGACGUCCACUGCGUCAUGAUGGGGACGGUGAAAGCAAACCGUCCCGUUAUCCUGACUUUUCCAGAUGUCGGCCUGAACCACAAAUCCUGUUUCGAGACUCUGUUCAACCACGAAGACAUGCAUGAAAUCGUCAGACAUUUUGCCGUCUGUCACGUUGAGGCACCAGGACAACAGGAGGGAGCUAAAACUCUGCCUGCCGCGUAUCCCUAUCCUUCCAUGGAGCAGCUCUCUGAAGUUCUGCCUGGUGUUCUGAAACACUUUGGGUUGCGCAGUGUGAUCGGUCUGGGAGUCGGAGCUGGAGCGUACAUCCUUGCUAGAUUUGCUUUGAACUACCCUGACUUGGUGGACGGGGUGGUUCUGAUCAACAUUAACCCUAAUUCUGAAAGCCUGAUGGAUACUGUCACUAGUAAGAUAACUGACUGGACCUACACUCUCCCAGACAAAAUCCUUGCAAACCUGCUGGGAAAGGAGGAGCUCCAGACUAACCAGGACCUUGUAGCUACGUAUCGUCACUACAUCACUGCAACCAUGAACGAGGCCAACGUGAGUCAGUUCUUGCGCUCCUACAGCAACCGCAGUGCUCUGGAGGUGGAGAGGCCCGUUCCUGAAGGGAACAUCAACGUCAGGACUCUCAAGUGCUCGUCACUCUUGGUUGUUGGUGAUAACUCUCCAGCUGUGGAAGCUGUGGUUGACUGCAACUCAAAGCUCAAUCCCACAAAAACCACACUGCUUAAGAUGGCAGACUGUGGAGGGCUUCCUCAGGUGGAUCAGCCAGCCAAAGUGAUCGAAGCCCUCAAGUAUUUCAUCCAAGGCCUGGGAUAUUUGUCCAGUGCCAGUAUGACCAGGCUCCGCUCCCGAACAGCCUCCGGUUCCAGCACUGCGUCGUUCGAUGGCCCUCGGAGCCGUGCACACACCGACGAGCUGCAGCGUGGCCGGAUACACUCGCACGGUGCUGAGGAGAAGCGUGGGCGUGCACGCACUGACAUCUCCAUGGAGAGUGUUUCCACCGUGAACCAGAGCGUCUCAAAGUCCACUGAGGUGGCCUGUUAGAGCGCAGACAGCUCUCAGACUGAUGCACUAAACUCAAACAAUACCUCAUUAAAUCUCCUCACCUCUGUCAUGCACUCGUUAUGUCCUUUUCAACCCAUCUUUUAACGCUUCAGUCACAUUCUUUUUAUCAUAUCUGCCACAUGUGGAAUUCGGUCAUCCUUUCAUCAUUAUUUUGGUUUCUUCUAAUUUUCAUCUUUGAUCCUCUCUUUCUUUGAACUUUAAAGCCUCAGAUGUAGGCUUUAUCAUUCUUUUAGGUAUAAACUCACAUAAAGCUGUAAUAGUUGUUUACAUUUAGUGUCACGCGUAGAGUAAAACCACAGGAAUGUGAUUGUUGUACAGACAUGACAGUGUGGGAUAGCCUCUUCGUUUCAGAUGCAGCUGUUACUUCUUCCAAAAAGCACUUUAACUAUCUUUUGUAUUAAGAAUACUUUUCAUGAUCUUCUCUUCAUGACAGCUGUAAGAUCCAUUAAAGAAAUAAAACUCUGUUGCUCUCA